AUGAGAAAAGCCGACCUUGAAACCCCGCUUGACCUGAGCAGCCUAGCCGGCAGAGGAGUCCUGAUUACGGGUGGUGCUUCAGGUCUUGGCGCUGCCAUGGCCAAGGCGUUUGCAAAGGCUGGAUCAUACGUUACCAUCGCAGAUCUCCAGCAGGAACUCGGCGAGAAAUAUGCUGCCGAGUUGACGACUGAGGGUUACAAUGUUCAAUUCGUCCAUACCGAUGUCACCUCGUGGGCUUCUCAGGUCAAGGCCUUCGAAAGCGCCAUUAAUUUCUGCCCGAGUCGCACCAUCGACGUCGUCAUUCCCUCGGCGGCCGUAUUCAGCGAGACUUUUCUCGACCUGGCAACCCCAGCUGCGGAUGAGAAGCUCUCCGAGCCAUCCACUACUGUUUUCGACGUCAACAUCACCGGAACCUAUUACACUGCAAAACUCGCAACCCGUUACUUCAGACCGACUCCUGACUCUGAACAUGAGGCCUCGCGUCUAAAGAGUCUCAUCUUCAUGGCAUCUCUUGGGGGUUACAUCGCCGGAGCUCGAUUCACUGCCUAUGGAGCUACCAAGUUUGCUGUCCGCGGAAUUUGGAAGCAUUCACGAGACGACCUCAAGGCACUGGGAAUCCGCUCGAAUCUAAUCGCGCCGUGGUUCAUUCCUACUCCAAUGACGGAGUCCCAGGUCGAGCAUCUGAAAGGCAAGAUCCAGUUCGCCAAGGUUGACGAUGUUGUCGAUGCGGCGUUGAGAUGUGCUGUUGAUCAACGUAUCCAAGGCCGGGCCAUUGCUGUUACUCCUGGUGGAAAUGUCGAUCUGCGAGAUGAUCCGGAAGGGCUGGAUGCAGGCGUCGAAGUUGGGCGGGUUGUGUCAGGAUUAGACAAGUUGAUUGACGCCGUCUCUACUAUGGAAACUUGA